CUACCAGUAGUUCAACUCAUUUAUCCGGACUAAACCUUAUGCAUCCGGACAUUAAUGAUCGUCCGAGCAGUAGCCGACGACGAGUUCACGAGCGUUGACGUAGGUGCGUCCACAGCUCGACUUGUAUGGAUCGUCACGAGUACAUGCGGCGUCGUGUUGCUUCUUGUUGACCUUCCGUCCAUCUUGUCCCCAUCGCCCUCCAUUAGUCUCCUCUUACCACGAUUCCUCCAGCAACCUGCCCAUCCCGUGGACACGACAGCGCUGGCGAAUCUGGUCGUGGGGUAUCUCUUUGGUGGUUUCUGGGUCCACUGUCGCGAACAAUCCUUGUCAUUGUGGACAAAGGCACUGGGAUGGACGGUUGCCGUGGCCUCCGUUGGCAAUUUGGCGCUGGUGGGGUAUGUACUGCGAGCGCUGCUGGAUGCGGAUGGGGACUGGACCGUGUUUUGGCUUGGACGGCGGCGGCCAAGACGUUCCCCCACACUACACGUGUUUGAUCCGAAUGUUUAACAUAAUGCGACCCCGAUCACUCGUCUUGUUUGCGUCCUUCGCCACGG